AUGUCCGCGAAGCUUCUGACUAUUCGUGCAACGACUGUCCAGCAAGGUUCCCUUCGACAAAGCGAGACGCCUGCAGAAGCGACAUCGCAGCCCGUCUCCGCUCGACUCACUCCGCGGCUCGAGCCUCUACCACCCAAAAGCCAGCCACAGGCUCCCCGCCCCAGCGUUUGCUACUGGGAUGGAGACACCCUGACGGUGAAGCCCGAGUAUCAGAAGCUGGCCCGAUGGUCCAAAAUCGCCGCGGUUCAAAAGCUGUGCAUGGAGGAUGAGCAGUUGAAGCAGCAGCUCGCAGACAAGGAGCGUAAGUCCAGGUACAGGGACUUCUUGAAGGAGCAGAUACAGGAGCACAUUCGAGCCAAGGAGAGAGAGCAGGAAGAGAAAGCCAGAGCGCGGGUCCGGGCAGACAAGGACCAAGAGUUUUUGAAGAUCGAGGCCUCCGUCGCCGCGCAGCGAAGGCAAGAGCAGAUGAUUCGCCUGAAGGACGAGAUCAUGAGCCAGGUCGCUACCUCUCGAAGCAGGAAGCAGGAAGAAGUGACCUCCGACGUGUCUCGCGCCCGCGAGGAGAACGAGAAGGCGCUGCGCUCGCUAGAAGAGGAGAAGCAGCUAGUGCUCAAGAAGAAGGAGGCUCGGCGCCAGAUCGAUCAAAAGCAGGCCGACCUCUGGGCUACCGAAAGGCAUCUGCAGCAGGAGCAGAAGCAGGUGGACCUCAAGAGGAGAGCAGAGGAGAAAAGGAGGAAGGAGGAGGAGACAGAGUCGGCCAGGAGGGAGAAAGCUGAUCUCAAAGAGCGAGCAGCUGCAGAGCAAGCGGUGUUCUUCGAGAAGCUGCACCAGCAGCAAAUCAAG